UAUAUGAUAUAGUAGUGCAUUUCGAAGUAAAAAUAACUCUCCUCAUUUUUAAUUUGUAGAUUAGAGAUAAAAAUUGUUGAAAUUGGGAGAUAUUAAACUUGUAAAUACAUUAGAUGAGAACAAAAAGUAAAAGAGAAACAUAAAAUAUUGCUAAAAGUCUAACUUUUAUCGAUGAUAUUAAUACUCGUGAAUAUAUUCAAUAUGAACAAGAAAGAAUUGUACGAAAAGACAUCAUCAACAAAACCAUCUUCACACCAAAAAAAAUUAGACAAUAUUUAGAAAUUUUGAAGGUUCCAGAUCAAACUUACACGACUAUUAGUGUUGUUGCAAUAUUUAAAUCUGUGUAAUAGUUAUGUCUUCAUGUAAUUUUUAAAAGUUUUGUUGUUAAGUUUUUUUUUGUAUAUUUUUGUUAUCUAAAUCUAGUUUUAAAUAUUUUAAAUCUUCUUUUAAAGUUUUAUUUAAUUUUAUGUGUAAACUUAAAUUUUGAAAACAAAACUUAAAAUAUUUAUGAGAUAUAAUUUUUAUAAAGAUUAAAAUAAUAAACAAAAAAAUAUUUAUGAAUUAUAAAUGUGAUGUGUAAUUGUAGGAGCCAAAAUACAAAUAAAAAUAUUGUUUUUUUGGAGAGUAAAAAACUUUAUAUUUUUGAAGUUAUAAAAUAUCUUUUAGAGAUGCUCUAAAUAAACGGUGCUGGACUACUGGUUAAUAUUGUAGUGGUUGUUUACACUUUUUUAAUACUAUAAUUAAGAAAAUUGUAUACUUUGGAAACCAUUUCUCUGGUUAGUACUUAAUUAACUUCGAAGAACAACAUUCUCCAACGGGAGUGGUCCAUGGAUUAUAACACCCAAAAUUCAAAAGAUUUUUAGAAAGCUGUUUUAUACUAAUGCAUGCAAAGUCAAAUGUAUCAUAAAUUUGUGUUGAAUGUAUUAUAUUCUGUUAGGUCAAAAACACAUGUCACCUCAAACUAUAUAAAAGUAUGACAACAAUCCAGCUGGUUACUAAUUAUAAAAAUAAAUAUCCCAUCCUUCCCUUUUUUCUAUUUGGUCGACUAAGAGGUUAUUUGGUCGACUAGAGGUUACUUAUCAUAUCACAAUUUCUAUAAAAAAAUUAUUUUCUUUGCCCUUUGUGCACACACAUAUAAAAAAUAAACGUAUUCAUAUUAUACAAACACAUUUCUUUUUGUUCAUCCUAGACAGCCACAUAAACACGUACAUAUAAGCACGAGUUCUUCCAAAAAGAGACAAAAGGGACUAGAAGGAAAAUAGAAACAUUUAUCUUUUGUAAAAACAGAAAAGUUUCGUCCUUAUUAAUUAAUCUUUAACCUUACUUCACUCGCAGAAGAUCAUAAUUUCCUCUUAGGAUUCUUAUUCUUCACCAUCUCUCUUCUUCUGCUUCUUCUCUUCUUCAAGAAAAUAAAGAAAUAGUUCAGAGAGAUACAAAUCAAAAGGAUUAGGGUUUUUCGUGGGUUCAUAUCUAAAUGGGUAAGUGCGGAAGGAGCAGCGACGGAGGGAUUAGUGGAGUUAGGCCGUACGUACGGUCUCCGGUUCCUCGCCUGAGAUGGACGCCGGAGCUUCACCGGAGCUUUGUUCAUGCCGUUGAUUUGCUCGGUGGUCAAUACAAAGCAACUCCAAAACUUGUUCUUAAGAUAAUGGAUGUGAAGGGACUAACUAUUUCACACGUCAAGAGCCAUCUCCAGAUGUAUAGAGGAUCCAGACCCACUCUUCUUGGAAGACUAGAAGAGAGUUCUUCAUCAUCUUCAAGAAGAAGAAGAAGACAGGACAAUGGAGAUCAGCUUCAUGACAACUUGUCUGAACACGCAAGGAAUGAUUGUCUUUUUGGGUUUCACUCUUUUAACUUCAGAGAGCAGAAUUUAGGGACUGAUAAUGAUGACGAUGACUUUCUUAACAUCAUGAACAUGGCGAGAACGAAGACAUUUGCAGGCAAUGGCGAGUCCAUCAAAUUUCAGCCUCAUCAGUUUUUCGAGGUAUUGAAUAUAUUUAAUUUUAAUAGUAACAUGGGAAACGAACACGAAGAAGAAGAACUAUCGCUCUCUCUGUCGUUGAAUCAUCCUCCUAAUCAUCAACAACGUUGGAGAAGCAAUACGUCAUCGUCACUCAGUGAAGCAAGCGAAGCAGUCUCAUCUCCUUUCACCUCCAGAGAUUGUUUUGCUUCUUCGAAGAUUGAUCUUAAUCUUAAUCUCUCUUUUUCUUCUCUAUUCCGUAGCUGAAGCUUUGUUCUUAUGUGUCACCAUGGUCCUCGGAUUACAUUUGUUCUUGUAUGAAUGAAAGUUAACGUUUCAUUUGGUGAGUAGUAUGUGCGCGUCAAAUUCUGUUGUAUUCAAGAACAAAGCUGUUGACCGCA